GGAGAAGAGAGCUGGGGAGCAACUAACAUACCCACAGUAUCUCAUCACUUGCUCACUGGAAAUGCUUCAGAUGGGCUUCUUAUAGUAGCAGAAAUGCAAUUCCUAACGUUUCAAUUUAGACAUCCUGUGCGUCUUUAGUGUGGAGAAACUUGGAACAAAUGGGAUGCGCAUAUUUUUGCAGGGAUCAUGGUUUAUUUGUUGUUGUUUUUUUUAUUUAUACAUUUAUUUUGAGGAAUGAUGGUCUCCAUACGGACUGAAAAUUCUUAUUUGCGAGCUUUGUUUUAAAACAGACCCAAAUCCAAGACGAACUGCUGCGCUUUACCUAGAACGGAGAGCUUUCCGUGCUGCGAGAUCUAAGAAACGACGCGCUGGGCGCUGGAUCCCAUCAAUUUGAUGAAGAAAGUUCUUCCUUUGCAGUCGACUGGAUUUUUAAAAGAUUCCUUGACAGAGGUUUGAGGGUUAGAUACCUGCCUCUGUGGACAUAAGCUGCGGACGAGCGCUUACGAACAAGUCUCUGGCUCAGGCAGAUCUUCUGAUGACCUAAUGGAACUGAAUUUACAAGCAGUACUGUUUUGGGUCGUGGCGCUGCACUUUGGCUCUGCCGACGGCAGUAUCCUCUAUCGAGUCCAUGAGGAGCAGCCCCCCAACACUCUCAUAGGCAGCCUGGCAGCAGACCAGGGGCUGCCAGAUUCAGGUCACCUCUACAAGUUAGAGGUGGGCGCCCCUUACCUUCGAGUUGAUGGGAAGACAGGAGACAUUUUCACUACAGAGAUUCCAAUAGACAGAGAGACCCUCCGGGACUGCCGUUCCCUUGCUAAAGGCAAGCCAUGCUAUUUGGAAUUUGAAGUGUCAGUAACCGAUCUGAUACAGAACCAGAGCCCACGACUUAUUGAAGGACGCAUUGAAGUACAGGACAUCAAUGACAACACCCCGCAAUUUCCCUCUUCUGUGCUCACCAUCUCAGUACCUGAGAACACAAUCAUGGGGGCAUUAUUCUCCAUACCUUUAGCCACUGACAGGGAUUCUGAGAGGAAUGGAGUGGCUGACUAUGCGCUGACUGCAGGCCCAGAUGCAGCAACCCUAUUUGGUUUACAAGUGGCUGAUGACAGGGGAGGGAAACUCCCACAGCUCAUCGUCCUAGGCAAUUUGGACCGUGAGUUAAAGGAUUCUUAUGACCUCACCAUCAAGGCAGUGGAUGGAGGAAACCCUCAGCGCUACAGCAGUGCUCUGCUCAGAGUGGUUGUGACCGAUGCUAAUGAUAACUUGCCCAAGUUUGAAAAAUCCUCAUAUGAUGCAGAAGUUUCAGAAAACAGUCCGGUGGGGCACUCUGUGUUACAGGUCAAAGCAAAUGACUCUGACAUGGGCCCUAAUGGAGAAAUUGAAUACACCAUUCACCAAGCAGUCGACCCAGUGCCAAAACUCUUACGAAUUGAUCGAUCUACUGGCAUUAUCUAUGUCAAAGGACCUCUGGACAGAGAGGAAAUCAGCAGCUUGUCUUUCUAUGUGGUGGCAAGAGAUAAAGGUCCUCAACCUAAGAGCUCUAAGACGUUUGUAACUAUUGAGGUGACUGAUCAAAAUGACAAUGCUCCCGCAGUGGAAAUUCGUGGAAUUGGUCUUGUGACUCACAGUGAAGGAGUGGCCAAUAUUUCAGAGGACAUGCCAGUGGGGACAGCUGUUGCUUUGGUCCAGGUUUCUGACAAAGACGAAGGAGAGAAUGCUGUAGUUACUUGCGUGGUUGCAGGAGAUGUUCCCUUUCAACUUCGCCCUGCCAGUGACUCUCCCACUGACAACAAAAGAAAAUACUUUCUUCAGACAACUACACCACUUGACUUUGAGAGAGUCAGGGACUACAGAGUAGAAAUUGUUGCGGUGGAUUCGGGAAACCCAGCACUAUCCAGUACAAACUCCCUAAAAGUGCAGGUGACCGAUGUGAAUGACAACUCACCAAUAUUCUCCCCAACAUUGUUUGAGGUAGACUUUGCUGAAGAAAACCAACCAGGUGAGAGGAUUUUAGAUGUCACUGCUACAGAUGCUGACAGUGGCACAAAUGCCCAACUCUUGUAUAACAUUGUGGCGGACUCAACCAUUAAAGCUUUGUUUGAGAUCGACCCCAACUCAGGGGAAGUAAGAGCUCGAAGCCCACUGGAUCGUGAAAAUAAUGAGCGGUAUGAGUUUCGAGUCACAGCGGCAGAUAAAGGAUCGCCUGUUCACAAGGGAACAGCAACAGUUGUGGUAAAAGUUCUUGAUCGCAAUGACAAUGAGCCAAAGUUCAUGCUUAGUGGCUACAGCUUUUCAGUAUUGGAAAACAUGCCUCCCCUGAGUCCUGUCGGUAUGGUGACAGUUCAAGAUAUGGACAAAGGUGAGAAUGCUCAAGUUCACCUCUCUGUAGAACCUGAUGGGGGGAAGUUUGUUGUUCAGAAUGGAACAGGUACUAUUCUUUCAAGCAUCUCAUUUGACAGAGAAAAAGAAAGUAGCUAUACUUUUCGUUUAAAGGCUGUGGAUGGGGGAGAACCGCCCAAGUCUUCUUAUGUUGGUGUCACCAUUAAUGUACUGGAUGAAAAUGACAAUGACCCUGUUAUUACAAAGCCCUCCAAUUCUUCCUUCAGGCAGUUAUCACCUCUAGCAUCCCCAGACAGCCAUGUUGAAGUGGUGGAGGCUGAAGACCUGGACAGUGGGCCGAAUGCAGAGCUAGUCUUCAAUAUUGCUGGAGGAAAUCCUUACCAAUUAUUCCGCAUCUCUCCCACAACUGGAGAGAUUACUCUAGCAAAGGAGAUGACCCGCAAACAUGGGGGACUGCAUCGUCUAGUAGUGCGUGUAAGUGACAGGGGAAAGCCUUCACGCCAUGCUACUGCCCUGGUUCACAUCUAUGUCAAUGAAACAAUUUCAAAUGUCAGCUUAGUGGAAUCCCUGGUUGGACACAGUCUUUAUACUCCACUAGACAGGGACAUUGCUGGUGAUCCUGACAGUGGUUUUGCUGCACAUCGCAGUAACAUUUUGUUUGGCAGCCUUGCCGGUGUGGCAGGAGUUGUGAUGUUGAUCUUGGUUGUAGUCUUUAUCCGCCACCGCAUUCAGAGAGAAACAAAGAGUGGCUAUCAGGCAGGUAAAAAAGAAACAAAGGAUCUGUAUGCCCCCAAGCAGGCACCAAAGAAUGCCAAAGGUAAACGAGGCAGAAAAGGCAAGCCCCCAAAGUCCCCAAAGCCCCUUGGAGAAAAUGAAGAGGUCGGCCUUCAAAAGGGUCUGAAGUUCAACCUUGAUGGAGUCAAUGAUAGCCCCCGGAUACACCUGCCCUUAACAUAUUCACCAGGAAGCCCAGAUAUCGGCAGACAUUACCGCUCCAACUCUCCCUUACCUUCAAUUCAACUGCAAGCCCAAUCUCCCUCAGCUUCUCAGAAGCACCAGGCUGUGCAGGACCUCCCAGCAGCCAACACUUUUGUCGGAACUGGAGGAGAUGACAACUCUACCGGCUCAGACCAGUACUCAGAUUACAGCUACAAGACCAGCCAACCCAAGUAUAGCAACAAACAGCAUCCCCAUCGUCGUGUGACCUUUUCUACCACCAACCCAGUGCAGGACCUGCAGGACGCCUCACAGCACAGCUACUAUGACAGUGGCUUGGAAGAGUCGGAGACCCCCAGCAGUAAGUCUUCAUCUGGUCCUCGCAUCGGACCCCUGACCCUGCCCGAGGACCACUACGAGAGGACCACCCCAGAUGGCAGUAUUGGAGAAACAGAACACCCAGAAAACGAUAUCCGCUCUCUCCCUGAUGUGGCGAUGACCGGAAACUGCACAACUGAGUGCAGUGAAUUGGGUCACUCAGAUGCCUGCUGGAUGCCAGGCCAUCCCUCCCCUGUGCGUAAGACCAGGAAUCCCCCCAAGCUCUCCACAUUCGUGCCUUACCAGGAGAGAGGGAGUCUGGGACGCCUGGCCAACGGCAGCGCCAGGCUGAGUGGUGAGGAGCACCGGUCGCGCCUUCCACCCUCUCGCAGUGCCUAUUCCAGCAGCGGCCAAGAUGCCACUCAGGACUGCCCUGUAGAGGAGAUGCCCCUGAGUGUUGCCUCUGAGUUCCCACCCACAUCCCCAUCGGCCCACACCCCUAAACGAGAGAUUUACCUGUGAGAAACAGAUUGGUACCCAAAUGAAGAAAGCUACACUCACUUCAGACGGAGAAUAAAAUAAACUGUCCACACACAGCCUGUGGCCGGGUUGUAAGCAACGAUCGGUCGUGGCUCUUUUAUUCACUGGCAUGAACACUCAUCAUUUCUUACUCAAAUUAUCUGCUCAUCAGCAAAUCCUGGAAUGAUUCCACAAAAAAAAAA